GAACGAACCAACUGAGCCGUAGCAGCGCGGCGACAUUACAUUCUGAAUGUGCGUUGGCGGCUUGGCGCUGCGAUGCGUGCACUCACUCAAUGCUCACAAAUAUAGCCAACUGAAUGCCCUUUUCUGUUUUGUUUACAAAGUAUACCAUGCAUGUACAGUUGAACAAUCACCAUUUUCAUGCAUUGUAAACAACAGCCAACGCAGGUACAAUUGAGAUUAGCAUUGGGACUUUGAACAAUACUCGAACUGAAAAGGGACUGAAACCUAUAUCUUGUCAUAAUCUGGCAUGUCUGGAGGUGUGUCUUGAUAACAUUGUGAACGCUAUCUUGGCAAGACAAUGCUGCUCGCCGCCAAUUCGAAAUUGAAGCCAUACUUUUAUUCGAAUGGAGGAUCGCGAUCGCUGAAAUACAGUCGUCUGUAGAUGAAGAUCAUUACUACGUAAUUUCAGUUGUGCCUGGAAAUCCCAGCCUCUAUUCUAUAGUUUCUGCACAGAACUAAAUAUAGUCGACAGUUUUAGUUGGCAAUACUUUAUUGGACAUUGCAACAUUGGCCGACAAUUCAGUAAGCCCUUAAUCACAAGCCAAUCUCAACAGUAUAUUGCCUAUUCCGAAAGAGGGCGACAGACAUGGAUACGACAACGACAAUUCCUCCUGAAUUUGCUGACGUUACUUCCACAACAGCACUGGAGGCCAGGCUGCAAUCGGUCUCAUCAGAAGUCGUUUCUCCAGAAUUAGAUAGAACAUCAGAAUCCAUUGUUUCCAGAUUCACAUCCUUUGCCACAGAAACUAUAGGUAACGAUACUCUAAUUCUCAACUCAACAUAUAAUACUGGUAACUGGAGCUCACACGUUAAUGUUACGCGGACUCCAACUGAAAUCGAAGACUUGGGUAUCAAGCGCCUGGUCGUCAUCCUGACCAACAUCUUCGUCGUCAUCGCCAUCGUCAUCACGUGUUUCCUCGCCUUCCACCAUCGACGAUGGCAGGAGAAGAUGAGACGUGAACGACAGAACGUACCAAUCUGUAAAUACGACGUCGUUGACGUCGAGGAGGGGGAGGAGGAAAACGGCGAGGAUUACGAGAUCUUCGAGAAAUAGCCCCCGUAGAGACUUUGUAUUGAACUCGUCACGAUUUGAUAAGUGUUUGUUACACUAUUAGCGUUGACUUUACACAUUUCCGUGUCGGUCUGGAAUCCCAUUAGAUGACAUCUACAUGUUUCUGUUGGUCGGGCCUAUGUAAAAAUGUGGACCUCAAUUUUCAUUUUUUUAAAUUAGAAUAUUACGUCGAUGAAGAUCUAACUUAUAGUCCUUAACCUCCUUACAUUUCACGUACAUUGUUUAGGUUUCUAAUAUCACAUCACAAUUGCUCCAAAAAAUUGAGAAAAAAAUUAAUUUGAGUGAACUUUCAAUGAAUUUUGAGUAUGCAAGAAUAGUUUGAAAUACUUUAUCAGCAUUGCUUCAAGAAAGCGUUCUUUUUAGAAGUGGAUAAUGUUAUUAAUGUACUUUUGUAACAGAAAUGCAGAGAUUUUAAAUAUAUAUAUACAUUUUUUUUUCGAAUGUUCGCUGUGAGCAGUGAGUUUAGCAUUGAAGUGAAGCGACUUUAAUUUGGAAUAAUUCAGAACAGCAGUGCAAAAUGACGAGUGGUUUUAAAAAACUAAUCAAUGCAUUAUCAAAUAGGUUUUACCUUCCGACCGAUAUCUUGAUUAACAAUGAUUUGAUAUUUUUCUCACUUUUUUUUUGGUGAAAAGGGGGUAUAAUUUUUCCAUCUGAUGCAUCCUGUCUAGUGAACUUAAAAUAUCUGGGGAGCAUUUCUUUCAUCAUCAAUUUUGUCCGACAUGUUGCCAGAUCUGACAACUUUCCUUGAGUUUGGUUGGCUGAGAAGCGCUGUUACCACGGUAACAGUCAGAUAAAACAGGACUUGUCGGAUAAAACGUCCGACAAAUCCUUUCAUGAAACGCUCCAAGGCCUGGGUCCUAAAAAAGCAACCAAUCGUUCUAUAUGAAGCGUAUGGCAAAUCAUGUUCUACAAGUUGUAAGUAAACUAAAAUAACAGCAGGAAUAGCAACAACAACGGCAAUGGCAAAGAUAGGAGGAGGAGGAGAAGGGCCAGGAGAGAAGAUCACUAUGCGAUCCGAUGCGACGCGAUUUUUUUAAUAAAUCGCAUUUUGUUUUAAAUGUGAAAGUUCCAAGAAGUAAAAUGAUUUCAUUUGAAGUUCGGCAUACUUAUGAAUAAUAAAAUCAUAAUUUUGGGGGCAAGCCAUGUGGUCGGAGUAACGUCAAAACCGGCUUCAAGUCGCAGCCGAUGAUGACGUAAUUACGAUUUGGAUUUGGAGUUGCUUUUGGGUGAUUCCAUACGUGUCGUACGGGACAGUUUGACAACAAUUUCUAGUUUCUUAGCCGAAUGCUUGAGCAAUAAAUUAUUAUUUUUGGUCAAUGAUGAAGCUAUAGUGGGUAUAGUCAUGUGAAAAACUAAUAACCAACACAAAAAAUGAUUAUGGGUAAAUUAUAGGUGAAAAAUGUAUGUGUCGUACGGGACGCAGAAAUGUCCCGUACGACACGCAACAUUUUAAGCUCUAAUUCACCUAUGGACAACAUAUUUUUUUUGGAUGUCAGUUUUUUUAAUGUGUACCCAGUAGUACUUUAAUAUUACCACAAAGCAAAUUGAAGUUCUUCGUUCGUUUGGACAGCAGGUUGAAAAAUGUUGUGAAAAUGACUGAUUUUUCUAGCAUGGAAUCGCCCUUUUAUUCCUACAGAGAGGCUCGAACUGAUUUGAAUUUCGAUUUCAGUAGUCUUACCACUAUUUUGAAUUUUGAUCGCUAAGAUUUUAUAAAAUAAUGUUAUUAAAAUUUCUUUUGAAUUCGGAUCGCAACGAAUCGUGUGUGCGCCGGGCUUAAAUGAAUUCCAUUACAUGUAGAAACUCAUCACUAUUACAUAUGGAGAUGUAUGAAUGAUUUAACUCGCGCUCUCGCCAUUGUAUACAAAUGUACCUAUAAAAAAAACCAACUAAAAACAAAUAACAGUACUUCCACAUAUCCUGUGUUAGCAUGUGAGUGAAUUUCAAUUUUAAUUUCAAGGUUUGUGAUAUAGAAACACACUAAAUAUAAGUCUUUUUUAU